AUGCACCUGCCCUUAAAAGAACCUAUUUGUGUACAGACUGGGAUCUUCUUCUUCUUCUUCUUCUUCUUCUUCUUCAUCUUCUUCUUCACACUCUGCGAAAGCGCUACAAACCCCUGGCCAGCUUGCCCUAAGCCCCGCGUCCUAGGAAGUUGCUGCCUGGCUCGGCACAACAACAGUCUUUUUCGCAUGGACACCGACCAGAGUGUUGUGCCUUGGCGGCUCCCACCUGCGAGUGUUUAUGCUAGCCGGGAAAUGCCCAAAUUACCAGCUUUUUAUCUGCCCUGUCUGCCCGCCUUUUUGGUAUUACUCCCGGUCAAGGAUCCGACGCCGAUACAACAGGCCGGGAUGCACUGUCUGCAGUCGGCCGAGGCGCCUGGCAGAGGCCAGGACAGAUCUUCCUCCCACAGGUCGGCGGAAUCUGCCACACUGAGCCUCAGGAACGCGUUGUCUGACUGUUGGGGCCAGGUCCGUCUAAAAGUGCCCCGUAGUUCCCGGUCUCUCACAACCUCCAGACCAUCCAACUGUCGUUUUGGCCCGACUUACGCCCAGUUUUCCGUCUCGCCUUGGCAUGCACUUCAUCUGAGUUCUGAGUUCUUUGGUGGUUGUGGGUAG